AUGGAGAACUUGUUUCGCGUUGUUGAUCAUGAAGACUUCUUCUCAAGGCGUUGCAUUUGGGUGAAUGGCCCUGUGAUUGUAGGGGCAGGCCCAUCUGGGUUAGCCACAGCAGCAUGCCUUAGAGAACAAGGAGUGCCCUUCAUGGUUCUUGAAAGAGCAGAUUGCAUAGCCUCACUAUGGCAAAAACGUACCUAUGAUAGGUUGAAGCUUCAUCUUCCAAAGCAAUUUUGCCAACUCCCUAACCUUCCAUUCCCUCAAGACUUCCCUGAAUACCCCACAAAGAGACAGUUCAUAGAUUACCUUGAAUCAUACGCAAACCAUUUUGAGAUCAACCCUCAAUUCAAUGAGUGUGUUCAGUCUGCUAGGUAUGAUGAAACCAGUGGAUUGUGGAGGGUUAAGACCGUUUCUUCAAGUGGUUCAACCCGAAAUGAGGUUGAGUACAUUUGUAGGUGGCUUGUUGUGGCCACUGGUGAAAAUGCAGAGUGUGUUAAGCCUGAUAUUGAAGGCUUAGGUGAAUUCAAAGGUGAUGUUGUUCAUGCUUGUGAGUACAAGUCAGGGGAAAGUUUCAGGGGAAAGAAAGUUCUAGUUGUUGGUUGUGGCAAUUCUGGCAUGGAGGUUUCACUUGACCUCUGCAACCACCAUGCCUCACCAUCAAUGGUUGUUCGUAGUUCGGUUCAUGUUUUACCAAGAGAAAUCUUUGGGAAAUCAACGUUUGAAUUGGCGAUUUUGAUGCUGCGAUGGCUUCCCAUUUGGUUUGUUGACAAGCUUCUAUUGAUCAUGGCAUGGUUUGUUCUGGGUAACAUAGAGAAGUAUGGGAUAAAAAGGCCAUCCACAGGUCCAUUGGUUCUGAAGAACACAAAGGGGAAGACCCCUGUUUUGGACAUUGGUACCUUGGAGAAAAUUAGAUCCGGUGACAUAAAAGUGGUACCAGGAAUCAAGAGGUUUAACAAUGGAGAAGUUGAGCUUGUUAACGGUGAAAAGCUUGACAUUGAUGCAGUGGUGCUUGCAACCGGAUACCGCAGCAAUGUCCCUUCUUGGCUUCAGGAAGGUGAAUUCUUCUCCAAGAAUGGAUACCCAAAGAUGCCAUUCCCUCAUGGUUGGAAAGGAAAUGCUGGGCUUUAUGCUGUUGGGUUUACAAAGACAGGGCUCUCUGGUGCUUCAUCUGAUGCUGUGAGAAUUGCUCAAGAUAUUGGCAAAGUAUGGAAACAAGAGACUAAGCAAAAGAAGCAGCGCACUACUGCUUGUCAUAGACGUUGCAUUUCCCAAUUCUAA